AGUUUGCGGAUGAGGAGCGGAUUGGCGUUCUUCCCCGACCCGUCGCCCAGAAGCUUACGGCUCCCUCUCGCGCCUUCGGGGUUCUGGGAGCCAAACUUGCAGUACGAGUUGAAGGUUCUUUUGCCCGGUCUCCCACAGGAGCCGCGAACUCCGGCUCGGGUGUAAAGUCCCAGGGGCGUGGCCGCUGCGUCUCCGCUCCCGCCCGGGUCGGGGUCUCGCUCCGGGCCGGGCUGCCGCGGGCCCCGCUAGCAUGCGUCUGCCGGCCGUUUCCCGCGCCCUGGGCGGCCACUGAGGCCCGGCGCCUCGGCGGGACUCCCCACGACCGCCAGCCUCAGGUCCCCCACGACUGCCGGCCCCAUCCAUGAUCGCCCGUGCCCUCCGCUGGCGCGGCUGGGCCCCGGUGGGCGUCCUGGCCUCGCUGGCUUUCUGCUUCCACCGGCGGCGGGUGGCCCAGGCCGAGCAGCGGGCGGCCGAGGGCCACUGCCCGGGUGACCGCCGCGAGCUGGAGCUGAGAAUGGUGCAGGUGGUGUUUCGGCACGGGGCGCGGAGCCCCCUCCACCAGCUCCCGCUGGAGGAGCAGGUAGAGUGGGACCCCCAGCUCUUAGAGGUCCCACCCCAAACCCAGCUUGAUUACACAGUCACCAAUCUAGCUGGUGGUCCAAAGCCACAUUCUCCGUAUGACUCUCAGUACCGCAAGACCACCUUGAAGGGGGGAAUGUUUGCUGGGCAGCUGACCAAGGUAGGCAUGCAGCAGAUGUUUGCCCUGGGGGAAAGACUGCGGAAGAGCUAUGUGGAAGACAUCCCCUUUCUUUCACCAACUUUCCACCCACAGGAGGUCUUUGUUCGUUCUACCAAUAUGUUCCGGAAUCUGGAGUCUACUCGAUGUUUGCUGGCUGGGCUUUUCCAGCGUCAGAAAGCAGGCCCCAUCAUCAUCCACACCGAUGAAGCAAGCUCUGAAGUCUUGUACCCCAACUACCAAAGCUGCUGGAGGCUAACACAGAAAGUCAGAGCCCAGAAAAAGACUGCAACUUUACAGCCAGGAAUCUCAGAAGAUCUGAAAAAAGUGAAGGCACGAAUGGGCCUUGACAGUAAUGAUGAAGUAGAUUUCCUCAUUCUCCUAGACAACGUGGCUGCUGAGCAGGUCCACAACCUCCCGAGCUGUCCCACACUGAGGACAUUUGCACGGGUAAUUGAAGAGAGAGCUGUGGACACAGCCAUACACAUACUGCAGCAGGAAGACAGGGAAAGUCUUCAGAUGGCAGUUGGCCCAUUUCUGCACAUCCUGGAGGGCAACCUGCUGAGAGCCGUGGACCCCACCACUCCUUCCAACAAACUCAGAAAGCUGUACCUCUAUGCAGCCCAUGAUGUGACCCUGAUGCCUCUCUUAAUGGCCCUGGGGAUUUUUGACCACAAAUGGCCCCCAUUUGCUGUGGACCUGACCCUGGAACUCUACCAGCACCAGAAAUCCAAGGAGUGGUUUGUGCAGCUCUCUUACCAUGGGGAGGAGCAAGUGCCCAGAGGGUGCCCCGACAAGCUCUGCCCGCUGGACCUGUUCCUGAAUGCCAUGUCACUUUAUACCACAAGCCCAGAGAAGUACCACACGCUCUGCUCCCCAGCACAGGCCGUGGAAUUUAGGAAUGAAAAGUGACUGAUUUAUACAAGCAAGUCAACUUGCAAAUAAAAUGCCUUUAUAUAA